CUUAUUUUGUAGUGGGCUACAAUAGUGUACAAUAAAAAAUUAAUAUUAAAUUAACAAUAUUAAAGCAUUAAGGAAUAAAUUGCUAGAACUACCACAGAUUUCUGGAACCGUAACCUAAACUAAAUCAAUCUUAAACAUUCUUUCCCCGGGCGAUCCGUUGACUAAAGUGUUUUAGCUCUUGGAAUAAUUUGAGGCUCUUGCCACUUGAGCUGCCGGCUCAUCAAUCAACAUCAGCAGCUCCGGCCGAAUAUGAAUAUGACAUUUUUACGCAAAUUACACGCCACUCGACAAUUGGGCGAACAAAGACCUUGGGGGCCACAUACAUACGAAACAUGGCUAAAUCAAAGUGGAAGGACGGGGGAAUUCCUCGCACCAACGCCAUCGAGUAAUCAAGACAAUGGAGCAGGAUCAAGUGCGGACCAGAAGAGACCCGGGGACAGCUCGGUCAUUCAUCAUGACACCCUUCGGCGGGGCGAAGGACAUCGUCCUCGUCUAUUAUGCAAGCUCAUGCCAGUGCCACGGGGGCGUAUGAGCGACGAAAUGCUAAUCCCAAGACAGGGGCCCCCGGAAUCCGCCACCGACUUGAUAUUAAUGAAAUCUCACAAGUGUCUGCCUCACAUGCAAAAUGGCUCUGGCAAAUGCCAUGAUUGAUUGACUUUAUGUAAAUUCCUGGCAAGCAGCCACUUAAGCUCCCCAAACUUCCAUCCCCAAUCAUCCUGGCUGGCCAAUCUAAUCAGUGGGAGUUUCGUCUUUAUCGUGCUCUGGGGCUCGAUUCGUUUCCUUACACAUAAAUGCAAUU